UCCCUUUUUCUUCUGUCGAGGAACACUUUCACUUUCACAAGCUCUUGCCGCAUUAGACUGUGCCAAGUUCGCCUGUCGCAGUGUCCCCUACGUUGACGCCUUUGACAAACAGCCGCACGCUUCCAAAGCUUGUCCUGCUCCAUUGCGUGCCACCACCUUAAUCUGCCUCCCAAUAGUUUGCUCGCCUCCUAUCCUAUAUACACACACCAAGGCCCUGUUGCUACAACAACCACCAGCUCAACUGCUUCAACGACACCAACUGCAAGGAACGACAGCAGAGUCAUCCGAGCGACCAUGAUCAAGCUGAGGUGCCCUAACCCAAAGAGGCUCUUCAGGAGGAGCUCCUCCAAGAUCAGCAGCUCUGGUAGCAGCACCAGCCGCAGCAGUGACGACGGCAGCGAUGCCUCCGGUGGCAUCCGUGGGGGCGGCGGCAGCGGGGAGAUCGAGUGGGAGGUGCGGCCGGGGGGCAUGCUGGUGCAGAGGAGGGAUGGGAGGGGGGACGUCGAGGUCAUCACCGUCAGGGUGGCCACCGGUUACUCCUGGCACGAGGUCUCCAUUGGAGCCACCUGCACUUUUGGUGAGCUGAAGGUGGUAGUGUCCAUGGUGACGGGGCUGGAGCCGAGGGAGCAGAGGCUGCUGUUCAAGGGCAAGGAGAGGGAGGACGGCGACCACCUCCACAUGGUUGGGGUGAGGGACAAGGACAAGGUGCUGCUCCUCGAGGACCCUGCCCUCAAGGACAUCAAGCUCCGGGCCGCGCUCGCGGCCCAGGCCUUGCAGAGCCCGUAUCAGACUUUUAUCAAGGUGUAGGCCACGGCCCGCCUCACCCACCUCGCUAACAGUUAGGGUAAAUCAACCGCAUCUUAAGUCAGUUAGGUCUCAGAAAAGUUACUAACGUAACUGAACCUGAGGCGCGGUGUGGUUCGCUGCUGUUGAUCAUCAGCACUUGAGUUUGAGAGUUUGAGUACUAGCAGUUUUUAAUUAAUUAGGUUAAUUGCAUGGUUGUGCAAUUUGUAGCUAGUUGCAAGUUUUAAGUUCUUUCUUCUAGACUAGAUGAUGGAAGGGCCAGUUGCAAGUCUAAUGUGGCCGUCAUGCAUGUUGGCAAGUUAGAAUGGAGAUUGCCCUGUUCCAUAGUGUGGGCUAAAUGGAGUAGUUUGCUACAUGCAACUCUGUUGUGGAUGACAUGUAUCAAAUGUAUGAUGAGACUGCAUUUCUGUGGUCCUUCUCCGUUGAGAUAUUUGUUCUGGA